GAACUCUGACUUGUGGUAAGAGGUGAGAAACGAACGAUAUGUGGACUAAAUCCAGAACAGUGAGUUGGAGAGAUUUGUACACACCCGUUUUGUUUAUAGAGAAACGAAACUUAGAUCGGAAUGGAACACUAACCAACGUUCUGUCUACAGAAUACAAUAAUCUGUUCAUCUUUAAAGCUGAUUGUAAAAAAAUAUGGCAGAAUCUUCAGGAAGUGAAUAUCAGGAGCAGUUCAGCUGUCCAGUCUGUUUGGAUCCACUGAAAGACCUGGUGAUGAUUUCAUGUGGACACAGUUACUGCAUGAGCUGCAUUACUGACUGCUGGGGCCAAAGGGAUCAGGGCCCACCAUGUUGUCCCCAAUGCAGAGAGAUCUUCAAAAAGAAAGCUGUUUUAGCUGAGAUGAUGGAGAAGCUGCAGAAGAUAUCCACACAAAUUGCUUCCUGUUCUCAAGAGGAAGGUUGUGUGGAGUGUGAUGUUUGCACUACAGAGAAGAAUAGUGCCGUAAAGUCCUGUCUGCAGUGUUUGGCCUCCUUCUGUGAAACUCACCUGCAGAUUCACUAUCAGUCUCCUGCAUUUAUGAAGCACAAACUUGUCAAAGCCUCCACACACAUUCAAGAGAACAUUUGUCUCAGUCAUGGAAGACUUCUGGAUAUUUACUGUCAGGAUGACAGGCAGUGCAUUUGUUACUUGUGCAUGAUUGACAAUCAUAAAGGCCACAAUGUGGUCUCUGUGGAAUCUGAAUGGACUAAGAAAAAGAAGGUUUUAAGGAAAAAAAAGGUGAAAUGUCAAAAGAUGAUCCAGGAGCGGGAGAGAGGUCAACAGGAACUCAGUGAGGCUGUGAAGUCUUUUAAUAUCUCAGCACAAGAGGCGUUGGAGGACACUGAGAAGGUCUUCAUUGAGCUCAUGUACUCUCUUGAGAAAAAAUGCUCUGAGAUGAAAGAUCUAAUCAGAUCUCAGGAGAAAGCUGACAUAGAUCAAGCAGAGAACCUUCACAAACGGCUGGACCAGGAGCUGACAGAACUCAGACAAAGAGAUGAGGAGAUACAGAAACUUUUAAUGACAGAUAAUCAGAUCCAUUUUCUGAAGAAUUUGUAUUCCCUGUGUGUUUUACCCACGUUUCAAGACUUGCCCAUCAUCACUCAGCACCCUCAUCUGUCUUUUAAAGACAUUUCAAUUUUAGCCUUCAGAAAGGUUUUGGAGGAUGUUUGUCAAAAGGAAACAGCCAAAAUAUCUCAAGGUGUGUCAUAUGUGGAUGCUGCAGAGUCUCCAGACCCCAAGACUCCAAUUGAAUUCUAUUUCUGUGAGCUUCACCUGGAUCCAAACACUGCACACAAAAACCUCAAACUGUCUGAAGAGAACAGAAAAGUAUCAGACACAUGUAAAGCCCAGGAGUGUCCUGAUCAUCCAGACCGAUUUGAUAGUGUUCAUAACAUCCUGUGUAGAGAGGCUUUGUUUGGUCGUUGUUAUUGGGAGGUUGAGUGCAGUGGGAAUGAAUUGGCUAUUGCAGUUUGCUAUAAAGGGAUUGGUCGUAAAGGGAAAGGUAAAUCCUGUAGAUUUGGCUUCAACAAAAAAUCCUGGAGGUUGACACGCUGUCUACAGCAAAUAUAUUUCAGACAUGAUACAGAAAAUGUCUGUAUCCCUGCUGUCUGCUCCUCUAGAAUAGGGGUGUAUCUGGAUCACAGGGCAGGAACUCUGUCUUUCUACAGUGUGUCUGAUGUAAAGACUCUACUGUACAGAGUCCAGACCACUUUCACUGAACCCCUUUAUCCUGCGUUUGGGUUUGGAGCGGGUUCAUCUAUCACAAUCAUAGAGAAAGGGGGAGUUCAGACAGACCAAUAAUAUAAACACAAUUUUUUGCCUAAUAGUACCAUAAGAAUUGCCUGAAAUGUUCCCUGAUCAAUAUGUACAGUAUAUACAGGUGCAUCUCAAUAAAUUAGAAUGUCGUGGAAAAGUUCAUUUAUUUUAGUAAUUCAACUCAAAUUGUGAAACUUGUGUAUUAAAUAAAUUCAAUGC